GUCUCUUAUGCUCAACCAAGGCUGCAUUUAUUUGAAAAUGCUGUAAAAACAGUAAUAUUGUGAAUUAUUAAUUACAUUUAAAAUAACUGUUUUGUUUCAAUAUACUAUUAGAAUGUCAUUUAUUCCUGAGAUGCAAAGCUGAAUUUUAAGCACACUGUAAAAAAAAAAAAUCCCAUAAAAUGUACAGCUGUGGUUGCCAGAAUUUUACCGUAAAAAAUACGGUAGCAACAUUUUAGGGUUUACGGAUUUAACUUAAAAUUACAAUUGAAACCUGUGUCUCUUUUACUGAUGUAAUGUUAAUAUACCAACCUAUUAAAGUUCUGAAAUCUGUUUUGUACCUACACUGAUAACCAUCAAAAUCAGGUGGUGAUGAGAAAGUCACAUGAUGAACCAAAGUUCACCACACGCAGCUUUUCCACAAGCUGAGAAGGCCAAUACUAAUAUAGAUAUAUAUAGAAGGUGCACAGUGUCAUUCACACAAACACUAAACACCAUCAUGGUGAGACUCAUUAAACUGAAAUAUGCAAUAAACAUUAGUUUAACAACAUUAGAUGUAACAUACAACGCUAAUAAACAUAACUGAUAAGAAAAAACCAAGAAACAUAGUUAUUUCAAAGAAAAGACAUCAAAUUUGAAAUGCAAUGCAGGGAAUUCUGGGAACGUCAAGUUUUUUUCCUGUAAAUUCUUUUUCACUUCCAAAAACAGUAUUUUACCAUAAAAUUGUCUGAAAUGUCUAUUACAGUUUUUCACUGUAUAUAUUUACAGUAUAUAUAUAUAUAUAUAUAUAGUAUAUAUACUUACCAUUAACCAUUUAACAGGUUUUUACUGUAGCAUUUUCACAGUUUUGUACUGUUAAAAUCACAGUCAUUUUUUACAGUGCAUCAUUACUCCAGUCUUCGGUGUCACAUGCUCCUUCAGAAAUUCUGAUAAUUUUAUCAACAUCAGUGUUGAAAACACUGCUUAAUAUUUUACACUACUAUUCAAAAGUUUGGGAUAAGUAAGAUUUACAAGACACAUAGACCUAAUUGAUCAAAAGUGAUAGGCUAUUUAUAAUAUUAUAAAAUAUUUAUAUUUCAAAUAAAUGUUGAAAAAAAGUAUCUGUCAGGGUUAUGUCUUGUUUAGUUGGAUUUUAGUUCUUGCAUCUUGAUUUCAUGUUUAGUCUUUUAGUUUAGCCUUUAACAUGCCUUUCCUUAGUUACUGAUUACGUACACCUGUCUAUCAUUAAUCACCCAAAAAUUUAAAUUCUGUCAUCAUUUUCUCACCCUCAAGUUGUUCCAAACCUGUAUAAGCUUCUGUCUUAUUCUGAACACAAAAGAAGAUAUUUUGAAGAAUGAUGGUAACCAAACAGCUGACGCAUGUUCUCCUCAGGUGCUUUAUGCUAUGCUGAGCUGGGCACGAGCUUUAGAAAAUCAGGCGGUCAUUACACUUACCUGUUGGAGACCCUGGGGCCCCUGCCUGCCUUCCUGCGACUGUGGACUGAGUUCAUAUUCAUCAGACCUGCAGUGGCCACGUACGUGUCUCUGGCUUUUGGCCAGUAUGUUGUAGAGCCGUUAUUCAUGCCGUGUGCUGCUCCAACAGUUCUGGUCAAACUCGUCAGCAUGCUGGGAGUCACGUUUGUGGUUGCAGUGAAUUGCUGGAGUGUGACAAUGGCAGCUCGUACACAGGUCUUACUGACCUUCAUCAAGAUGUUUGCUCUGAUUCUGAUCAUCAUCCCAGGCAUCAUUGCUCUGGUCAAUGGGAAAACUGAAAAUUUCCAGAAUGCCUUUGUCUCAGAUUCUUUAUCUCUGUCCAAACUGCCUCUGGCCUUUUAUUCAGGUCUGUAUGCAUAUGGUGGAUGGUUUUAUUUAAAUUUCAUAACUGAAGAGGUAAUUAAUCCAAACAGAACCAUUCCAUUGGCCAUCACUUUGUCUAUGGUGACUGUUACCGUUUUUUACGUGCUGGUCAACGUGGCUUACUACACCAUGAUGACCGCAAAUGAGUUACUGAUGUCAGAUGCCGUGGCAGUGACAUUUGCAAGUCGGGCUCUGCAGGGUGUAGCUCCAGCAAUACCAGUAUUAGUCGCUCUUUCCUGCCUUGGAGCACUUAAUGGAGGAUUUUUUAGUUCACCCAGAAUGUUGUUUGUGGGAGCCAGAGAGGGUCACUUACCGGGCAUCUUCUCCAUGAUCCAUAUCCACAGACAAACACCACUGCCAGCUGUGCUAUGUCUGUAUCCUCUGGUGAUCAUCAUGAUGGUGAGAGGAGAGAUCUUUCAACUGAUCAACUUUGCAUCCUUCUCCCGUUGGCUCUUCAUCGCUUUGGCCACCUUAGGAAUGAUCAUCCACCGCUACAGAUUUCCAGAUCAUCCCAGACCAUUCAAGGUCCCUCUAGCAGUUGCGGUGAUCUUUACCAUAGUGUGUUUCUUCAUCGUGGGCCUGUCCUUGUAUUCGGACCCCUGGAAUACAGGCGGCAGCUGUGCCCUCACAUUAUCAGGAGUACCUGUGUAUUACCUGACAAUCAAGAAGUCAUACAUACCCGAACGCUGGAAAAAAGCCUUCAAUUAUUUAAGCCUACAUGUGCAGAUAUUCCUGGAAGUGGCUCAGCAGGAAGUUCAGACCUACUGAUGGAGCUUCACCAAACUACAGACCUGCGUGUUGCAAAGGGCAUCAAAGUUAAUUUUAGUGGUGUUUGCUAUUACUAUUAGCCCUAACCACCCUAGCAUCCUUGCACCCUAUCCAUUAGUGCAAGCAUCACUUACAUUUUCAUCUAGUUUAUAUUCACAUCAAAGACAGGACUAUGUCCUGGGAAGUCAUGCUGUUGGGUUUAAGGGAUAGUUCACUCAAAAAUGAAUAUUCUGUCAGAAUUUACUCACUAUCGUGUCAUUCCAAAUCUAUUAGACUUCGGUUAAUCUCACAAAACAUAAACGAAGAUACUUUUAAUGAGAUCUGAGAUUUUUUUGUUCCUCCACUGAACAUCAAGGUAACCAAAUCUUAGAAGAUCCAAAAAUGUCUUAAAAUAAAUUAAUAUAAAUCAAGCAGUUUAAUGUUCAUUUGAUGAACUAUCCCUUUAGGGCUAUUUUAUAAUAAUUCACCAAUGUGUUUAUAUAAAGUAUCCCUUUAUUCUCAAAAAGUAAGUACAACAGGAAGAGAAGCCAAAUUGUAUGCUUUGUUGGAAAUGACAAUCGGUGUUUCUGGUUAAAGCCUGUUACAUCAGUAAAAUGCCAAGUAGAUAACUUUCAUAUUUCAAUACAGUCUUCAAAAAUAGUACAAAAGACAUCCUAUUAUGGUUCUUUCAAUGGCAAAGGGUCUGAAUGGGACAUUUGUUUUUGUAUCAUCAAAAUGUUUGCCGUUGAGAAAAGUUAAAGUUGAUUAUUAUUACAUGACUUUGAAUUCUUACAGAAACCAAGUAUCAAGGCACUUGACAGAUUUUUAAAUGUCUGUGCAUCAAUGUACUAUUAUUAGUAAAUAGUACUUAGUAAUGCUCGUGUAACAUCUUAACACCAAAAAUCUGUCAACCGUUUAGUUUUUGUAUGUUUUUAUGACAUCUUGGUGUUUUUACAUUGGAAGAAUGCAAUGCAAUAUAUCAUGAAUUAACACAGCUACAUAUUGAUGGUAGUCUUCUAAGCAUAUAUGAACUCUGUGCAUGCUCACUAAUUACUCUACAUAUGCAAAUGAACAUUAAAAGCUUUGUAAUACACCACAAA